GCCACAAUUGGCCUGUAAAAAUGGCGGAUACCUCGCAAAACAGGACUGAAAUUGUUCGAGGUCAGAUUUUCGAGGUUGGGCCACGAUAUACGGAUUUGACGUAUAUCGGUGAAGGCGCGUAUGGAAUGGUGGUAUCGGCAUUAGAUAAUGUAACACGGCAAAGAGUUGCAAUUAAGAAAAUAUCGCCGUUCGAACACCAGACGUACUGCCAAAGAACGCUAAGAGAAAUAAAGAUUUUAACUAGAUUUAAACAUGAGAAUAUAAUAGAUAUACAAGAUAUUAUACGAGCUGAUAGAAUCGAAGAUAUGAAAGAUGUAUAUAUAGUUCAGUGGCUGAUGGAGACAGAUAUGUACAAGCUUUUGAAGACACAACGGCUAAGUAACGACCACGUAUGCUACUUCUUGUAUCAGAUACUCAGAGGUUUAAAGUACAUUCAUUCUGCCAAUGUUCUUCAUCGGGACCUUAAGCCUAGCAAUUUACUUCUCAAUACAACUUGCGAUCUGAAAAUAUGCGACUUUGGAUUGGCAAGAGUCGCAGAUCCAGACCACGAUCAUACAGGAUUCUUAACCGAAUAUGUAGCGACUCGCUGGUACCGAGCGCCUGAAAUUAUGUUGAACAGUAAAGGUUACACAAAGUCGAUUGAUGUAUGGUCGGUUGGUUGCAUUCUAGCCGAAAUGCUCUCAAACAAGCCCCUAUUCCCUGGAAAACAUUACUUGGAUCAGCUGAAUCAUAUUUUAGGAAUUUUGGGAACCCCGAGUACGGACGAUAUGAAUUGUAUAAUAAACGAAAAGGCUAGAGGAUAUUUGCAAUCUCUUCCAUUCAAGACAAAAAUUCCAUGGAAUAAAUUGUAUGCGAACGCCGAUACGAAAGCGUUGGAUCUACUUGAUAAAAUGUUGACGUUCAAUCCUAAUAAACGUAUAACAGUAGAAGACGCGCUAGCUCAUCCCUACUUGGAACAAUAUUACGAUCCAGCGGAUGAGGUUAUUAAUUUUAUUAAAUAUUUAUCAAGUAAACAAUGCAAGUAUUGACGAGAUAUUGAACAAUAUAUAGGCUGAAAUGAAUAUUUUUUUAUAUGCUUGUCAGUUUAUGCACAGAAAUGUUCUGUAAUGUGUAUGCGUAGAUAGCGAAUUAUUAAUUGUAUAACUAUGUGCUUAUUUUCUUUUUCGAUACAGCCUACUGCCGAAAGGCCUUUUAAAUUCGAGGCUGAAUUAGAUGAUAUGCCCAAGGAAGAAUUAAAGCUUCAUAUCUUCGAAGAAACUAAGCGUAUAAAAAUGCUAGUAUCUACAGGUAGAUUAUAAAUAUGAAAAUGGUGGAUCAGACGACUUAACAUACCUUUAAUUUCUAUUUUUAUUCGAGUCCAAACUACUCUCUGUACUAUACUGCUUUCCGUCUCGUGCCGGCUCUUAUCUUCUUUGCAGAAAAUGCACAAAUUAUAUGAGAUCGGAUCUUCGUCCGAUGUGUUUUGAAUUCAUGGCUUUAAAAGAUGUUCUAUAUUUACAUGUUUUUUUUAUAUAGAUGUUGUUAGUAACGUCCUGUGCGAUGCAAUUAAUUGCUAGCUGGCUGGUUAUCGUGAGUUUACCUAAUAAUAGGAAGCACAAAUGAUUCUAAUUAACAGAUUUUAUUUUAUUACAUUAAUUGCUUGUUCAUUUAUCGGUUGUACCGUUUUAAGCAGCAAAAUUUAAAGCUGUUCAAUGUUCUACGUUUUAUAUUUUAUACGUUGUGAGCGGCGUGUAUUUAUUAUAUUAAGUGUUCCGAGAUCAACGUCUUUUUUCUAACUGCAUUAUUUUCAAAUGUGAUCCUGAGGAGUGCAUUUGUUUUAUCAGUCUAUUGUGUAAUUUACUGUAAUGAGAGCUCAGUGAGCAUGCAGAUUUCAUGACCUAUUCAUUCGAAUUUAAAAUUUUAAAUAAUUGGCGGAUGUUUUAAAACAAUACUUAAUACUUAUAUAGUGUAUUCGUCUUUUUCUUCUAUAUAAACCUCUACAUUCAGUAUCUAUUAUAUAUACAUAUAUAAAUAUGUGUAUGUAUUGUGCAUGUAUUUAUAAAAAAUUAUACCUUUAAUAUUGAAAAUGAUUAUAAUUAUAAUAAAUAAUGCAUGUAUAAAUUCUGACAAAAAAAAUGCUAAACUCUUUUUCUUUGCAAAAUAUUUUACCAAAGAAUACAAUGCAGUCUUUAGAAUUUUAAAAAAUUGCUCUUUUUUUAUCAAUUUUUUUUUAAUAAUAUACAAUUUACAUCAAUCACUCAGUUUCCAGUAGGGGUAACAUUUUUUGCAUUUUUUUUUUAACUUUAAAAGCGAAAUAAUCAUUAAUAUUAAGAAUUAAGAAACAAAAAAGAAAUAUUUUUUUGUACUCGAAACAUCAGACUUUGACGUACUAAAUAUGCAAUAGAGCCUCAAUAAUUAUUAGCAAAAAAAUUGGGAUUAUAGAGUUUCUUUUCUUUUCAAGAAUAAUAAUCAAAAAAUUAUAACAUCAUUACGUUCUUUCGGCUCAGCACCUCAUCCGUAAUUUUUUCAAGGAUAACGAGGCAAAGACGAUCGAAUUAUCGAGGUUUCGCAGUAACAGUACAAUAUACAGUAAUAUAUAUAUAUAUAUAUAUAUAUAUAUAUAUAUAUAUAUCUA